CCUGCCGGGCCCGCGGCGCAGCCGCUCCCAGCUGCCGUCCGCGCUCGGUCCGCCGCCCGCCCGUCAGCCCUCAUGCUGGCCGCCGCCUUCACCGCGCUGGCCGGGCUGCUGCUCGUGCCGCUGCUCGUCGCCUUGUGCUGCCCGUACCUGUUCCAGGACGUGCGCUAUUUCCUGCGAGUGGCCGGGCUGGUGCGGCGGUUGCGCAGCUACGGGCGGCGGCGCCCGGUGGCCACGGUGCCGCGCGCCUUCCAGGAGCAGGCGCGGCGCGUCCCGCACAAGAUCUUCCUGCGCUACGGCGACCAAGUCCUGACCUACGCGCAGGUGGACCGGCGCAGUAACCAGGUGGCGCGGGCGCUGCACGGCCUCGGCCUGCGGCAGGGCGACUGUGUGGCCCUCUUCAUGGGCAACGAGCCGGCCUACGUGUGGCUGUGGCUGGGCCUGGCCAAGCUGGGCUGCCCGAUGGCCUGCCUCAACUACAACAUCCGUGCCAAGUCCCUGCUGCACUGCUUCCAGUGCUGUGGUGCCAAGGUGCUGCUGGCCUCUCCAGAACUACAAGAUGCGGUUGAGGAGGUGCUGCCAAGCUUGAAGAAAGACGGGGUAUCCCUCUAUUACGUCAGCAGGACAUCCAGCACUGAGGGUGUCGACUCGCUCCUGGACAAAGUGGAUGAAGUGUCGUCGGACCCUGUCCCAGAGUCCUGGAGGUGCGAGGUCACCUUUUCUACUCCUGCGUUGUACAUCUACACUUCUGGAACCACAGGUCUCCCAAAGGCUGCCAUGAUCAAUCAUAACCGCAUUUGGUACGCAACUGGCCUGGCGAUGGCCAGCGGGUUUCGGAGCGACGACGUCAUCUACACCACGCUGCCCCUGUACCACAGCGCUGCGCUCAUGAUAGGCCUGCACGGCUGCAUCGUGAACGGUGCUACAUUGGUUUUGCGGAAGAAAUUUUCAGCCAGCCAGUUUUGGGACGACUGCAGAAAAUACGACGUGACUGUCAUUCAGUACAUCGGUGAACUGCUCCGGUAUUUAUGCAACACACCCUCGAAGCCGAAUGAUCGGGACCACAAAGUAAGGGUGGCCCUGGGCAACGGCCUGCGUGCAGAUGUGUGGAGAGAAUUUGUCAGGAGAUUUGGGGACAUCCAAGUAUACGAGUUCUACGCGUCCACAGAAGGCAACGUGGGCUUUCUGAACUACCCAAGGAAGAUUGGUGCCGUGGGAAGAGUAAACUACCUGCAAAGAAAAGUCGUGCGGUAUGAACUGAUUAAGUACGACGUGGAGAAGGAUGAGCCUGUCCGGGAUGAGAACGGCUUUUGCAUCAGAGUUCCCAAAGGUGAGGUUGGUCUUCUGAUUUGCAAAAUCACACAACUGACCCCAUUUAAUGGCUAUGCUGGGGGCAAGAGCCAGACAGAAAAGAAGAAGCUGAGAGAUGUCUUCAAGAAAGGUGACCUCUAUUUCAACAGUGGAGACCUCCUAAUGAUUGACCAGGAAAAUUUCAUCUACUUCCACGACAGAGUUGGCGAUACCUUCCGGUGGAAAGGUGAAAAUGUGGCCACCACUGAGGUCGCUGACAUCGUGGGCCUGGUUGAGUUUGUCCAGGAGGUGAAUGUGUACGGAGUGCCCGUGCCAGGUCAUGAGGGUCGAAUUGGAAUGGCCUCCAUCAGGAUGAAAGAAAACUCAGAGUUUGAUGGGAAGAAGCUCUUUCAGCACGUUACUGACUACCUGCCAUCCUACGCGAGGCCGCGCUUCCUGCGAGUACAGGUGGAGCCAUGGGAAAGUGACUUCCCAAGGCCCUGGCAGCAGAACAGGUCCCCAUUGCCACAAGGCUUCUCCCCCCAUCAUGCUCCACUUCCUCCUACAAUGCAUGCUCUUUGCACAAAUAGCAGAGGACAGCACAUAGCUCUCUCUGUGGGCAACGAGGCCAAGGCUGAGACCAGGGCCUGCGUAUUCCUGACCAAGGGGCCAAGGACAGACAGUGCCACAUGACUUCCUGUGAAUAAAUGGGUAGGGCCACUGCAGCCACACACUAGUGGUUACGUGUUUUCCAUGUUGACUUUGUGCCACAAUGCAGAGCUUGCAACAGUGACUUUAGGGCCCACCAAGCCAAAACGCUGACUAUCUGCUCCUUACAGAGAAAGUUCACCAGUCCUUGAUCAUGAGAGGAGGAGGAUGAGAAUGGAUUACCAUAAAAGGAGGUGUGGAGAUGGAAGGGGAGGGGCAACAUUCAUUAAGUGCUCAACUAUUGGGCCCUGUGCUAAGAACUACCUAUCACUUAUGUCACCAAAUUCUCACAAUAAACCUUUGGGAGCAGUAUUGUCAUUUUCCCACUCUAUAAAUUAGGAAGACAAACACAGAAAGAUUAAGUAAUUUAUCCAAGAUCACCAAAUAGGAAGGAUGGAAUGAAAAGUCAAAUCCAAGGGCCAGCCAGAUAGCUCAGCAGAUUAAAGCACCUGCUAAGGC